UGGAAAUGGAGCAUUUUUUUUUUUUCCUUUUUUUUCCUUCCCGUCUUCCAUGCGGGGCAUUGGUCAAAGGUUCUAUCUAUUUUCGUUCGUCCAUCUUUUUUUUUUUUUUCAUUCAGUACGUGCAACUAGUUUCGAUUCCUCCUUCCAACCUACAUUAGCCGUCCACCGCCCAGUGUCUAUUGGGAAUGCUCUUAUACCGAGUCAGAAUCUACCUUAUAUCCAGUUUCGUAUCGCUUGGAGGAUUCAUGUAUGGUUACGGCAAUGGCGCAUUGACGGCAUGUUUGGUGAUUCCCGCAUUUCGAGAACAGUUCUCGUUUGAUACUCCCCCCGAACGGCCCGUUACUGUCGUAACAGUGACAGUUGCUCUGGCAGCGUCGUUUCUGGCUUCCAUGGUAGCAGGGUUUCUUGCAGAUGGCAUUGGACGUAAGAAGCUGUUUUAUGUUGCUGCUGCCAUUGACCUCGUAGGAGGAAUCAUCCAAGUCGCCGGAUUUACUUUGGGAAUGCUUAUUACAGGCAGAAUCAUUACUGGUCUGGCCAUAGGCAUUUUCAGCAUGCUCGUACCAUUAUACCAAAGUGAGAUUGCUCAAGCACAUAAUCGAGGUCGUCUUAUUACGCUGUAUCAAUUCGGGAUCACCCUGGGCUUUUUUAUCGCGUACUGGGUUUCCUAUGGCACCUACGAUUUACCCGGGCCACUCUCAUGGCGAGUCACCGUAGGAUUGCAAAUUGUUCCUGCUGGACUCAUGCUCAUCGGCUUAUUUGCCAUUCCAGAAAGUCCACGUUGGCUCAUUUUUCGAGGGCGGCAUGAUGAAGCAUUACGGAUACUAAGCCGAUUACGCAACAAUCAAUGCGACGAACGCGAUAUGGAAGUGCAAAUGGAAUUCACUAGUGUGGUUCAGGAUGUGUCUUAUGAGAAAGUAUUUGGCAAAAAGAAUAUUACCGGUCUCACUUCCACCGUCGGCAUUGAUAAUUAUCGAAAACGUACUGUUCUCGGCAUCGGCAUCCACACAUUUAACCAAUUAUCGGGCAUCAAUGCGUUGCUUUUUUACCUUCCUUAUGUUCUCGAAUCCGCAGGCAUUGAACACUUCGGGCCCAUACUGCUCAUUGGCAAUGGCAUUGUGGGCGCCAUCAACUUUAUUAGCACAAUUCCUGCAUUUAUGAUUAUCGAUCGAGUGGAUCGUCGAAAAAUUCUUGUUUAUGGUGCGUUAGCCAUGGGGGUUUGCAUGAUCGCGGUGGCGGGAGUCUCAGGAGCCUAUAAUCCUUCCAUUGGCGCCGGUGAAGGCCCGUUUGCCAACAUCACUUUGGGCAUCACCAAUCGAGCGGCUAUGAUUAUCGUAUUGGUGCUUAUGGGGAUUUUUGUUGCCUCUUUUGCCAUGAGCUGGGGCACGGUCGGUUGGGUGUAUCCUGCCGAGAUCUAUCCUCAGUUGAUUCGUGCAAAUGCCAUGGGUAUCACCACUUCGGUUGGCUACUUCUGGAACGCGCUGGUCACGGCGGUGUCACCACUCAUGCUUCGCUACAUGCUAUGGGGAACCUACCUUUUCUUUGGUUGCAUUUGCCUUAUCAUGGCAUGGAUCAGCCAUCGCUAUUACCCAGAAACCAAGGGACGGUCUUUGGAAGAGAUCAAUUUAAUUUUUAGCGGGGCGUUAUUGGAUCAGCGGCCCGGGGCUCAUCAUCCUGCUACGGCGGCAGAAGCUUUGAUUCAUUUGGAGCAAGUGCGAUACCAAGAGCAGCGGAAGCGUUUGGCACGUGCAGGCUCGGCAGCCGGCACCAAUGCGGGGUCGCGUGCCCCAUCCAUUAUUCACGGAGAAAGCGGUGACGACGCUCAAUCACUGACUCUUCCCCGUCAUCCCUCGGAUUUAGAAUCCUCGCUGCGGCAAAGUCUAGACAAACAGAGAUCUAGUGUCGCAAAUCAAGAUGCGUGAUAUCGUGGCUGAUUCAAAUUGAGCCUUUUUUCCGUCUCAUUCUUCAUCGACUGAAUUCUAAAAGCAUAGGGCACUCCUCCCUCCACCAACCCCAUUACAGUGUACAAAAUAAUUUCCAAUCCAGUAGAUAUUUUUCAUGACAAACCGUCUAGAUGUCACUUUCUUUUCAUUAAUGUUCUUGACGCUGGCCGUCCACAUGUGAAUAAAAUUUCAAGAAAAAUCCCAUCUCUUACCAAC